UCGGGAAACGCGCUUUGGUUGAGCAAACCCCCUUCCCUUUGGAAGAAGACGAAACGCAAAGACUUGGGUCUGCCCAAUCUCUCUCUCGUGUUCAGAGUCGUUCAUUUGAAGUAUUUGAAGCUUUCAACACGGGAUCGAGGCAUCUUCCGCGUCCGGCGAAGGCAAAGAAGAAGGAAAGAUGCCUAAUUGGGAGCUCAAGAACUGCUGCGACCACGACCAGGUUGCCUUCAUCGUCACCAUCGGCGUCUUCACCUUCGUCAUCCUCGCCCUGUGGAGGACGGUGCUGCUCACACCUUUCAAGCUCAUCACGGUGUUCCUACACGAGACGAGUCAUGCCCUCGCCUGCAAGUUAACAUGCGGUGAUGUUGAGGGCAUACAAGUGCAUGCAAACGAGGGUGGAGUCACACAAACUCGUGGUGGCAUCUAUUGGAUCAUUUUGCCAGCUGGAUAUCUUGGCUCAUCAUUUUGGGGAAUGGUCUUCAUUCUUGCAUCUACGAAUCUUAUUACGACAAGAAUUGCAGCUGGUUGCUUUCUACUUGCAUUGGUUGUCGUGCUAUUUGUUGCCAAAAAUUGGUUGCUUCGAGGACUCUGUAUAGGUUUCAUUAUAUUUAUUGCCAUUAUUUGGCUUCUGCAAGAAACUACAAAAGUCCAUAUUCUUCGAUAUGUCAUUCUGUUUAUCGGUGUCAUGAACAGCUUAUUUUCAGUCUAUGAUAUCUAUGAUGAUUUAAUAUCUCGAAGAGUUCACUCAAGUGAUGCCGAGAAAUUUGCUGAAAUCUGUCCUUGCCCUUGCAAUGGUGUUGCAUGGGGGGUUAUUUGGGGAUUAAUAUCAUUUACAUUUCUUUGCGGAUCCAUUUACCUUGGUCUGGUUAUUCUGUCUUGAGGUUUUGUGGAUUUGUGUAGAUUCUGAUUUGCUCAGGUUGGAUUGAACACACUGUUCUUACCAGAUUGAAGAUUGCUUUUAUUUUUCAUUUUUUCUUUUAGUUCCUUUUUCAGUUGAAGCUGUCGAUCUGACAAUUGAUUUUUCUUGAUCAACUACAGAUAAAAGUUGGUUUUGUAUGCUGAUCUUUAGUAUUCCUAUUUGUGCAGAUUUCCUGGAUUCAUGUAGAUUCUGAUUUGCUUAGGUUGGAUCAAACACAUUGUUCUUAUCAGAUUGAAGAUUGCUUUUAUGUUUCACUUUUUCUUCUAGUUCUUUCUUCAGUUGAAGCUGUUGAACCGUCAAUUCAUUUGUCUUGAUCAACUACCGAUAAAAGUUGGUUUUGUAUGCUGAUCUUUUAUUUCCAACUUGUGCAGGUUUCAUCAAUUCAUGUCGAUUGAACACAUUGUUCUUAUCAGAUGGCCAUCAAAUUGGAAACAGCCUUAGAUUCUUGUGGCAUCAUCUUUUCUGGAGCUUGGAGUCCCAGCUGCUCUGAUGCAUGUCCAUGUUGUUGCAUUGAGAAACUUGCUGAUGAGUUUCUUGACAACAUAGAUGUUUCAUUUGUGCAACACAGCAACUCAUUGUUUUCAACCUCUGUACCAACAUUUAACUAAUCUUUCAUUUGUUAUAUUUUUUUGGGCA